AUGGAGCAAAAUCAAAAUCAGUCGACUAACAAUAAUCCCAGUAACGAUCCUGACAAUGUUGGAAGCUGUCUGUUGUUGCGAUAUGCAAGUCAAAAUUCACUGGACGAAAGUUCACAAAAGCAUAUACCGAGGGAAAGUGGAAAAGAUAAACCGCCUUAUCGUAAUCAUCAUCACACCAAUCGAGCUUUUGACGUGAUAAACGCUAUGAGAAAGCAAAAUCUUCUGUGCGAUGUAAUACUGGAAGCUGAUGGCGGAAACGACGUACCAGCUCACAAGAUGGUUUUGGCGGCAUGCAGCCCCUACUUUUACGCAAUGUUCACGAGUUUUGAGGAACGCGACCAACGACGUAUCAAAUUACAAGGAGUUGAUCACGCAGCUUUGGAAUUACUAGUUGAUUAUGUUUACUCAGCAGAAGUCCACGUUACCGAAGAGAAUGUCCAAGUUUUAUUGCCGGCAGCUAAUUUACUUCAGCUGACUGAUGUCCGCGAUGCAUGUUGCGAUUUUUUACAAGCGCAAUUGCAUCCGUCCAACUGCUUAGGAAUUCGCGCAUUUGCUGAUCUUCACGGCUGUUUGGAGCUACUCGGGCACGCUGACAGUUAUAUUGAACAACAUUUCUCGGAAGUCGUUGAGGGAGAAGAAUUUUCGACAUUAGCGCCACAACAAGUUGCCAAAUUAAUCUGCAGCGAUCGGCUGUCAGUUCCCUCAGAGGAAAAAGUCUUUGAGUGCGUGAUAUCUUGGGUGCACUCAGACCUAGAAAAACGGCAGAACUACCUCGCGCAGUUAAUGGAGCACGUACGAUUGCCGCUUUUAUCUCAGGAGUACCUGGUCCAGCGAGUCGAGGAAGAGCCGCUCUUGAAGGCGAAUCUCCAGUGCAAGGAUUUCUUAAUAGAAGCCCUUAAGUACCAUUUGUUGAAAGGAGAGCAGAAGACUCUCUUCAAGACCCCGCGGACGAAACCGCGACAGCCUCGCGGUUUGCCAAAAGUUUUGUUAGUAGUGGGAGGACAAGCGCCCAAAGCAAUCCGCAGUGUCGAGUGUUACGAUUUUAAGGAAGAAAAGUGGUACCAAGUAGCGGAAUUGCCGACUCGCCGGUGUCGAGCGGGUAUGUCAGUCCUCGGAGGCCGGGUGUAUGCAGUGGGAGGAUUUAACGGGUCACUCAGAGUACGCACAGUCGACAUUUACGACGGGUCUGCAGAUCAGUGGUCAGCGUGUGCCGGCAUGGAAGCACGUCGUUCAACUCUGGGCGUAGCAGUUCUCGGUAAUUGUAUUUACGCGGUGGGAGGAUUUGAUGGGACAACUGGAUUAAAUUCUGCGGAAGUUUACGACCCGCGUACCCAUGAAUGGCGCAUGAUUUCGUCAAUGGGCACUAGACGAAGCAGCGUAGGUGUGGGAGUAGUUAAAAACUUACUCUACGCAGUUGGAGGCUAUGACGGAGUUUCCCGACAGUGUUUGUCCAGCGUCGAGUGCUACAAUCCAGAGAAAGACAAGUGGAAAUCCGUCGCCGAGAUGUCUGCUCGACGCAGUGGCGCUGGAGUCGGCGUUCUCGACGGAAUUCUCUACGCAGUUGGAGGCCACGAUGGUCCGCUGGUUCGUAAGAGCGUAGAAGCUUACAAUCCGGAGACGAACCAGUGGUCCGCAAUAGCGGACAUGGCUCUGUGUCGACGUAACGCAGGUGUAGUUACUCUGAACGGUCUUCUGUACGUGGUAGGAGGCGAUGACGGGACGUCAAACCUCGCCUCCGUUGAAGUAUACUGUCCAAGAACUAACACCUGGACAACGCUGCCGAGCUGCAUGAAUAUCGGUCGCAGUUACGCGGGAGUUGCUAUCAUUGACAAGCCCCAAAUCCUCUCAGGGGCGAUUGCGUCUUUCGACGCAGAAUCGUCAGUUGAGGCGCCCAGUGGUAAUAAUGCUCAAGCACAGGCCCAAGUUCCGAUUGACCAAGUCGCGCGUUAUCGCGGACUCGCGGGUCAUGACUGCGAAGGUUCAAGAUGUGUUUGCCAGAGGUACGAGAAUGGAGAGCUUGCUGUUGUUGCGAUGGGCCGCAUGAAUCGUAAUCAAGACCAGCGAGAUGAUUAUCAAAAUUUACGAAUUUAUCAGUAUCCAAAUAACCGCGUUUAUCAAAAUCGAGCGGCUAAUUUAAACCCGCACUACCAAAAUCCCGUGGAUUUGGUGAGGGUUCAAGAGCGUAACAAUGGCUCCCAGGAAAAUAUUUAUGAAAGGUUGGACAAUGAUGACGAGGAUGAGAGAAACAAUGAGAAUAACGAGGCAGACGGCAAUGAUCCUGAGGCUGUUGUUCUAAGAAACGAGCCGAAUGAUCAGAACGACCGUGAUCAUAUGUACGAACGCAUUGAUAACCGUCCUUGGUACCGCGGAGGCGGCUGUAGCAAUCACCACCACCGCGCACCGAACAAUUUUCCUACGUCAUCAGUCUUCUGGAACGCGAUUGAGAGAAAUGCAAAUCGGUAUGACCCACGCGAAAUUUAUUUGCCGAACAACGCAUACUUGAACCGGCUGAGUUUAUCGCGGAACUGCUUCUCGACGGACAACGUCGCGAUGGCAGGCAAUAGCGGCCGUAACGUCUACCAUCUGGGACAUAACUGCAUGUGUCAAUUCUGCACGAGACUGCCUUUUAUAAGGUACCACAUGUGUCAGCAGUGUUCCAGCAGUUUCCACGACAGAUUGAGAUGCUACGACGACUCGGGAGGCCCCUCGGGAGCUUCUGGUUCCUCGAGACAUUACAUCUAUCAAGUAUCUAGGAGCUGUCGGUGUGCCUACUGCCGCGGCGGGGAGUACUCAUACUCAAGAUUUCCCAUUAGCGCAGCCAGUCGUCUCGUUGACGCGCUGAGACGUGAUUGUCAUCAAUGUGGAAGGAAUCACGCCCAAUGUAAUUGUCGCAGCAGGCUGUUGACUACUGCUGCGGCUUCUAAUUCCGCAAUUUAUAUCGGGAGGAUCGAUCGAAUCGGGUUUGUUAAUAAUCCGCUGUACGCAAACCCGAUGAUUUAUGUGGGGAGAAUUGAAAGGUCUUUGGGAAAUCAGGAGGCUGGUAAUGAAGAUCCCGCGGCUUCUGCUGCUGGAAAUUCAGCGGGUGGAGCUAGUGGAAGUGGAGAAGCAAGUGGGGAAAGAAAUUCAAGCCAAGCUGGGCCGUCUAAUCAGGCUAAUGCUAAUGCUAAUGUUAGUGUUAAUGGUAAUGAUAAUAAUGGGGACGUCGUUAGGCAGCACACUUGUGAUGACUCCUGCAUUCGAAACAAUGCCAACGCUCCAGGCACCUGUCACUUAUUUGAAGCGGGCUGGGUUAUGGAGGGAAAAAGAGAGAAGAGGGAAUACGUUUCCUCAAUCGGAUAA